AUGGCCGCCGCACUAACGAAGCACGGCCGCUUCACUUCCCGUACCUUUCCCUCCUUAAAACAACUUCUCCACAAGAGGAGUAUCAAAUGCUCCACGCCCGAUCCGGUUACCAGCACAAGCGUCCAACAACACAAACGGGUCACCCGUUUCGCGCACUCCGUUUUCCGGAAGGCGAAAGAGACGGACUUUUCUGACCCGAUCUCAGGUUCGUCCAGUUUCUCGUCUAGGGUAUCAUCUUCUCAGAAAUCCGGGCUUGUGGGCUGGUACUUGGGUAUGCUCCAGAGCCGACCCAUUUCCACCAAAUGCGUCACCUCAGCCAUCAUCUAUGCCGCCGCCGACAUUUCUUCCCAGACUGUUGUGAGUGAGAAAUUGGAGGAGUAUGAUUUGAAAAGAACUGUGCGUAUGGCUGGAUAUGGGCUGUUGAUAUUGGGUCCUUCAGUGCAUUAUUGGUACAAUUUCAUGUCUCGAGUUUUCCCGAGUCGUGAUCUUUCGUCGACUUUAAUGAAAAUGGUUUUGGGGCAGACAACUUAUGGCCCGGCCAUGACCGUCAUAUUCCUAUCUAUGAAUGCUGCUCUGCAAGGUGAAACUGGUCCUGAGAUUUUUGCCCGGUUGAAACGUGAUUUGAUUCCUACAUUCAUUAAUGGCGCAAUGUACUGGCCAUUUUGUGAUUUCGUUACAUUCAAAUUCAUCCCGGUUCAUUUACAGCCACUGGUAACCAACUCAUUUUCGUACCUAUGGACCAUUUACAUGACUUACACGGCAAGCUUAGCGAAAGUGGGCACAAGUUGA